ACGCAGGAUUCCAAGAUAGAUUAGCUAUGAAGAUGUCAAGCUUUCAAGAUGGGCCUUAAAACAUGCCCGCUACGAGUUCGUCCAGUCCCAAAAUGGCGUCGACUGGAUCCCACAUAUCUGAAAUUUUCCGCCCAUGUAAAAUUUCAAUGACUGCUGCUCGGGAUUUGAUUCCGGAUCCCCAGAGAGAUAGACUGAGGCCUUAACUGCUUCAGCAUUACAAUGGUACUGUACACUUUGCAACAAAAAGAAUUGGCAGUAAACCUUUAAAGUCUCAAAAUGGAAGGAGAUCCUGAAGAAUACGAAAAAUAUUAUCCUAAUUUUUAUGUCGAGCUCAUUGCCAAAACAUUAGAAUGUCAUCUACCUUUAAUGCAAUGGUCCAACGAAGAUAUUUUAUUGGACAUCGGAUGCGGUUCAGGAAAAGUUACAAAGCAAAUAUUACUGCCAAAAUGUCCAAAAAUUAAAAAAAUCGUAGCUACCGAUGCAGUUGCUAAAGCUAUAGAUUUCGCCAAAAUUAAAUAUCCCCAUGAUAAAAUUGAAUACAAAAAUCAAAAUAUUAUGGAAAGAAUUGAUGUACAGGACGAAAAGAAAUACGAUAAAAUAUUUUCAUCAUAUGCCUUUCACUACUUCAAAGAUUACGAUAAAUUAUUCUCCAAUAUUUCAUCACUUUUAAAACCAGGAGGAUAUUUUACAUUCUUGACAAUUGCAAAAGGUCCACAGAUAUCCACUAGAAAAGUAUUAGCAGAGGCGAGCCAUUUAAGACCAUACUUAAAGUCCGAAGAGAUUCUCGAAUCCAUUCCACCAACUCACGAUUGGGAGGAUGUGGAAUAUGAAUUAACAAAACUUAUUUCCAAAUACGAUUUGAAUGCCAUAAAAUGUGUUUACGAAGAAUUUGAUGUACCUUUUCCAAGCAGAGAUCAUUUCAUGAAAUUUAUGGAGAUAGUGAUUCCAGAACAAUUUUUCAAAGAGAUUCCACCAGAAACUAAAAAGGAAUUAUGGAAUCAAAUGGAAACUCUUUUCUUUAAGAAUGGUGUUCGAGAAGAAGGUGAUAAGAUUAUAUUUCCGAAUGGAAUCUUGAGUGUUUUUGGACAAAAACGAAAUUAAAUUAUUGUAAUUUUCGUGCUAUUGUCUAUAACAUUUUAAAAUUAUGUUUUUCACUAUUUAAAAUAAAAGCUGGCUCAAAAAUAUA